UUGUCUACAGAAACACCAUGGCAGCCUCAGACGGUUUUCCUGCCAGUUUCUAUGGAGAACCAGGAGUGUUAGGAAUGUUAUCCAAUGGGAUCAGCGCAUUCCUUGUACUUCUACAGAACUUCAGCACAGCUCACACUGGCAUUAAACCAGUUGGAGUGGAGAACAUACUUGCAGGUGUUCAUCUCAUCCUGAUUGGUGGUUUGUGCCAGCUGGUGGCUGGACUGCUCUCCUUUAGAAAGUACGAUCACCUGAGUGGCACUGCCUUCAUCGGCUACGCUGCCCUUUGGGGUAGCUAUGGGGCGACCAGAAUCUACUAUGGUGCUUUAUUUAACAAUCAGACUAUACCAUCAGUGUCAGAGCACAUGCUCAAUGGUUCAACCACCAACAUGAUGGUCAACACUUCUCUUCAAAACUCAACACAGUGCCACUUAUGUGUGUCCAUAGAAGAGUCAGCCAUUGCUGGUCUGAUCCCUUAUAUCCUUCUGUCCUUUAUCCUGGCAUUUUGCUCUGCCACGGUCAACUACAUCAUGCCUUUUGUUUUUGGAGCCAUCACGGCCACUUUGAUCUUUGAAACAGCAGCUCUGGUGACAGGCCCUUGGGCUCUGGUGGUCUCUGGGGUUCUGGAGCUGCUCAUUUUGAUCUUUGCCAUCUAUGGUUCAGCUGCUCUACUCAUCAAAGGGCUGACUCAACGUCUGGUUCUUAAAGGCUUUGGGACCCCCCUCUUUAAUGUUCUCCUGCUAGGAACCACCAACUCAACAGGUGCUCAGAAACCUGGUCAAGAGAAGAAGAAGAACACAAAAUAUGCAGAGCCCAUGGCCUUGGGUUUCUUCUGUGACUCUAUUGCUCCCUUCAUCGUUGCCUUCUACAGCUUUGGGUACAUGAAAUCGUUUGGUUUAGGAGUUGCAUGGGUAUCAAUCAUCUCAGUCGCCCAGCUGUUCUCCAGCUACUACGCUCAUUUGCGCCAGGAUAGCUACCACACUACAAAAUUUGGGAUUCAUGCCAUGUAUUGGCUGAUCAAGGCUUGGGAUGAGUUUGUGGCAUCUGCCCUGAUUGUGGAGCACAGUCAAGUUGUUGCUGGUAGGGAAGCCAUGGUGGGAGACUGGUUCUUUGUGGUGGCCGGCUUGGUGCUCUGUGUGGGAAGCCUGAACAUGGACACUCUGGAGCUGAUCCACAACUUGCUCUUUGUUCUGCUCACAGUCUCAACAAUCCCCCAGAUCCCCCUGCAGGGUUACUACAUCUUCUUUGGUGUAGCCUGCUCUCUCUUCACUGCAGUCUCAGUCUACCGUACCUUCUCACGCCUCAUAAACACCAUCGCAGAGAAGUCUCUAAUCCCUGUGGGACCACAGCCGGUCUCCUCCGAGCAGCUGAAGAGAGCUCUGAUGUGUAGAAGAUCUCAACAUGGAGAACAAAAAGAGCUGCCCAACAGUGACCAGGCCUCAGAUGCUCUGUUUUAUCUUACCAACGGGGUUGCAGCACUUUCAGCUCUUCAUUCAGAAGUGUCAAGUGGGAACCCUUCAUUCCUUCAUCUGACUGUCCCCUGGGUCCUCAUCUCUGGAGGCAUCAUUCAGACCUAUGUCAGCAGGCUACAAGUCACCGGAGAGGGCCGGUUUGGAUCAGUCAUCUCAUCCAUCUACGUGGUUGUAUGGGCAACUUGGACGUGGUUUCGAUUUGCAGGUUUUCAGCUUCAGCUCCCCGUCCAGGCAGCCUAUGGAUUCACAGCUGGAGGCGUUGCUUUACUGGUCAUUAAUGCCUUCCUCAUGCUGAUUGGUAAGAGACUUCCAUACCAACUUGAAAAACAAAUAAAGUCUAACAUCCAGAAACGAUGUAUUGCAGUUGCCAUGCUUGCAUUGGUAUCCAUCAUUUGCUUUUAUGGCACCUUGGCUUCACUGAUGAACUGCAUCUUCUCACAAAGAGUGAUCCCAAUGGGUCCUCCCAUAAUAAAGGAAAAUGUGAAACAGGAAGCUUGUGACGAGCCGUCCUGUCCGGUGGCUAGCUCGCGUCUCACCAGCGGUCUGUUGAAGAUAGCUCGACUUCUCGAGGACGGGGGUGUGUGUGGUAUUCCCACAGAUACUGUGUACGCUCUGGCUGCUUCCUGCAAGAAUCCUCAGGCGAUAGAAAAAAUCUACAACAUUAAAGACAGACCUGCAGAGAAGCCUAUAUGCAUUUGCAUCUCCAGUGUGGAACAGCUGGUUGCAGCCAGGCCUCCUUUCAGCCCUCUGCUGUGGGAGUUCAUGAGGAAUGUGUAUCCUGGAGGCAUCAGCUGCAUUGUCAGCAAAGGAGACUGGCUUUACAGACUAGGAGUUGGACCUGCUUAUGACCGUGUUGGUACCAGAGACAGCAUCAUGAUCCGUGUCCCAGACCACACCGUGACCUGCCACCUAUGUGACAUCACUGGUCCCCUGGCCAUAACAUCAGCCAAUCCCAGUGGAGAAUCAGACAGCACCCACCACAGCAUGGUCAUUAAUCGACUGGGACACAAGAUCCAAGGAGUACUUUGUGAUGGUGACUCGAAUGAAGUAGUUGCUUCAACUGUGGUCAACUGCCUGAGGAUUAAUGAAGGAGUCAUCACCAUUGUGAGAGAAGGCUGUGUCCCUGCUAUCAAAGUCCAACAGAUCUUUGACAGACUGAAGAACUCCAUGAUUUGA